ACCUCCGUUCGCUCCCGACAGAAUCCCUUGUAUUCGUCCUCAAAAGUUUGAUAUCGGUUUCCACUGUGUGGACUUAGUGUUGUUAGUGUUCAGUGCAUGUUUUAAAGUUAUAAUCGUCGUCGGCCCCGUCGUUUUUCCCCGUUCACGCCGGUAUGGAGGCCGGAUGGGCCCGGAUGGUCCGCAGUGGAAGCGGGGGGUGUCGGUUUUUUUUGGUAUCGGUCAAAUUUGUUUUUUUGCUAGUUGAGCAAAUAUUGGUUAUAUGUCUUCUUUGUACGUGUUGGUCAAUGACCAAAAGCGAAGAUCCUCGACGGAAGUCGGCAAUGGGCGAAUGAUCCUAGCAGUCGAGCCCAACAUUUUUUUGUGAAACGCAUACUUGAACUUGAACUUAGCCCUAGACUAGGUCGUGAGCAUUGCACAUGGCUGAAUAACCACCGCUCGCUCCGGACAGAAUCCCUUGUAAUCGUCUCCAAAAGACUUGAAAUCGGUUUCCACAAUUUAGUGUUCUUAAUGUUUAGUGAAUGUUUUAAAGUGCGGAAUCGUUGUCAGCCCCGCCGUUUUUUCCCUUCCACGCCGGUUGAAGGCCGGUUGGGCCCUGAUGGUCCGCGGAUAGUGGGUAGAUCUUUUUCUGAUAUCGGUCAAAUAACCUUUUUUUUGAGAAACUAUUAAGUAUAUAUUAACAAACCUGGAGGAUGAUGGAAUGGUGUAGACCCUUCUCUUAUGAAGACCUCCUUUAGGAUUUUUGAAUACUGUUCACAAUUGGAAACUAGCCGAAUGACCUUAUGUAAUCGUGGCUAUUAGAAGUAAGGAAGAAGAAGAAGCCCCAGCUACUAGCAGCUGACUUUCGGUUAUUGUGAUAUUUUUUUAAUAUGAAUAAUGAUAAUUCUGUUAUUUACGGACUAGAAUCACAGGCCAGGGCGUUGGCUCCUCAAUUAGCCGAAACGGAAAAAAUCAAAUUCCUUAUAGGUACCCAAUCUUUAAAGCAAACCACCAACCAAAUUCACCUAGUAGAAUUCAACGAAGAAUUAUCAACGAUUAAAACAUCCGUCUUUCACCAUACAGAUGGUGAAAUAUGGAAACUGACGACAAGCCUUCUCGAUCCGCUUAAAUUAGCAACGUGCUAUAACGUAGUUAUAAACGACAAUAGCUGCAUUUUCAAGACUGCCAUUCUGAAGCUUCCUGAAGAAGAAAACCUGGAAACCAUAGAAAAUCUGGAAAUCCUUACAAGUUUUGACACUGUCGAAUAUGGCACUGACAUAAAAACGACGGAAUUUCAUCCAACAGACGGUUGCAAAGCUGCAAGUGUAAUAGAUAAUCAUGUAGUUUUAUGGGAUAUAUCAGAGAGUGAAGGCCGGAAAGUCAUGAGUGUUCAGUUAGAUGGUAAAAAUAACCCUAAAUUUACCACUGGAAAAUGGAAUCCGCAUCAGAAUUGCAAUCAGUUUAGUACUGCAACUGACACAAAUGUCAAAACAUAUGACAUUAGGACCGGAGAUCUGGCCUGGACAAUUGAGGGAGCCCACACUCAACUACUUAGAGAUAUGGACUAUAACAUGAACAAACAGUACCAUAUCGCAACAUGCGGAGAUGAUGGAUUUGUAAAGAUAUGGGACUUCAGGCAGCCUAGUCAGGCAGUAUAUGCUCGAAAUGAACAUUCCCACUGGGUUUGGUGUGUUCGAUUCAACCACUUCCAUGACCAGCUGUUGCUUACAUCGAGUUCGGAUGCUCGGGUAUUACUUUCUAGCGCUGCUAGCGUAAGUUCAGAAAAUACCAAUGAAAGUUGCUCUGAUGAGAACAAAGGGGUGGAAACAAAACAGUUAUUGUCAGAUGGUACCUUACAAUGGUGUGAACAUGAAGACAGCGUAUAUUGCGCGGAAUGGUCCCCAUCGGAACCUUGGGUUUUUGCUUCUCUAAGUUACGACGGGAGAUUGUUAAUUUCGAGGGUGAAACGUUCUUUGAAAUACCAAAUUAUGCUAUAAUUUAUUAAGUUUUUUUUUUUAAUUCUGUGACCCUUAAUUAUUUCCAGAAUAGAACAAACAACCCAUACAGAUUUAUAUUUUCUACCCAUAUUCUACUUCAAUAUGUUUUUUAUAACACGCAUGGAAUUAACCUGUUAUAUUAUUAUUAUUUUCGCCCUAUUAUCUAAAAAGUUGGUUCCUUGACAAUGUCAUUGUUUUCGCUAAUAAUAAUAAGUUCAUUUUUGAUUUAUACCGGAUGUAAUAAAAAUGUUGUGUUUUUCCGAAAAUUCGUAUCACCCUAUGGAGUAUACCAGCAACCGAAAUAUAUAGCAGUUGACAUUAGAAGAAGAAGCAGUAACAGCUUUAACUUUAAUGGAUGAGUAAUGACUUUAAAAAAAAAAAUAGUCGAACGACUUAAAGAGACAGGAUCUUACUGUCCAAGGAAUGAGCGUUUUAUUAGACAAACUGGGCUAAAAAGUGAACUUAGAACUGUUCGCCAUACAAUAUCGUUUCGAACAAUCAGAAGACGUUUAAAUGAGGCUGAUUUAGACAGCAGAAGACCAGCAAAAAAACAAUUGCAAUUACAAGAGUGUGAAUCAACGCCGAUUAUUAUCUAGAAAACAAUGUAAAUGAACAUGUAAUUCCAUUUGUUCCCUUUUUGGACCAAAUGUUUAUUUAUGCAGGAUAAUGUUCGUGCCCACGUGGCUAGACAAGUUAUAGACCACAUGAACUCUGUAGCUAUUCCAUUGAUGGAAUGGCCACCUCACAGUCCCGAUUUAAAUCCUAUAGAGCACCUAUGAGAUGCUCUAAACAGAAAGGUUGGAACUCGCAAUCUCGUGCCGAUUGACCACAAUCAAUUGGUGAAUGCAGUAAUUGUAGAAUGGGAGAAUAUUCCUCAAGAUACAAUUAAAAAUUUAAUAUCCAGUAUGCAGAUGCGUAUGAAUGCUGUGAUUCGAAGUAGAGGCAGAUAUAUACGCUAUUAACAUUAUAGUGUCUAUUAAUUUUAGAGUUUUUGAUUUUUUUUCGUUUUAUGUUUCACGGUUUAACUUGUU